AUGCUUUUCCAUCUUGCUCAUCUGCAGGUGGAAUGUCAUCCUUACUUCAACCAGAGAAAACUGCUGGAUUUCUGCAAGUCAAAAGACAUUGUUCUGGUGGCCUAUAGUGCUCUGGGAUCCCAUCGAGAAAAACAAUGGGUGGACCAGAACUCCCCGGUUCUCUUGGAGGACCCAGUCCUUUGUGCCUUGGCAAAAAAGCACAAGCGAACCCCAGCCCUGAUUGCCCUGCGCUACCACCUGCAGCGUGGGGUUGUGGUCCUGGCCAAGAGCUUCAGUGAGCAGCGAAUCAGAGAGAACGUGCAGGUGUUUGAAUUCCAGUUGACUUCAGAGGACAUGAAAGCCAUAGAUGGCUUAGACAGAAAUAUACGAUAUUUGACCCUUGAUAUUUUUGCUGGCCCCCCUAAUUAUCCAUUUUCUGAUGAAUAUUAACAUGGAGGGCAUUGCAUGAGGUCUACCAGAAGGUCCUACGUGUGGAUGGUGACACAGAGGAUGUCUCUAUGCUGGUGACUGGACACAUCGCCUCUGGUUAAAUCUC